AUGCAAGCAAUAUUUAAAUUUGAUCAUCUUCAUGUAGGAUCGAUUCUAGUUGAUCACUUGGUUGAAUUACACAAAGCCCAAGGUCUUGAUAUUUGGUGGCGAGAUAAUCAUAUGUGUUCGUUAGAAGACGAAUAUUGUCAAAUGAUUACUGGUAAAUGUGAUGGACUCUUUCAUUUAACUAUAGAACUUUUACGAUGUUUUUUACCAAUGCAAUCUAAUAUCAAGAAAAAUGAAUUGAUUGAUGAUUUAUGUCAAGCUCUCGCAUUGUUCUUUCAAAUUCGAGAUGAUUAUUGUAAUUUAAUUUCGGAAAAAUAUACACAAAACGAGUCGUACUGUGACGACAUAACUGAAGACAAAUUCUCAUUUCCAAUCAUUCAUGCUCUUAACACUCAUCCACAUGAUACUCGACUCAGUGACGUUCUCAAACAAGAAGCUAUUAAAUUAUCACAUUAA